AUGGCUAAGCUACUAGGUCCUGGGACAAAUACGAGGAGUUUCAUAUUGAUCUGCCUGUUGGUGCUAUCGUUGCUGAUAUGUGGAACAUUGGCUGCACCCGGCGACCCUCCUUAUCAGCAGGUAAAGCCAGACUUGGGGCCUAACGCUCCUACCUCGGAUGUGGAUCGAAAGAAAGCAGAAGAAGAAUAUACACCCGUGCCGUCAGAUAACUUCCAGCCCUUGGCCGAUAAAAUGAAAUUCCACAAGUUCCAUGGAGGCACUCAAGGUUGGAGGGCCUUUGCGAAUAACGUCCCCAAGCCUAGCGAAGAUGAUAUGAGGAUCCAUCGUAACCAAGCUUACGAUAAGGUUCAAGCGGACGCCGACGAUAGGAAGAUGGAAGAAAAGGACAGACCAGGAACCAUUGGUGCUCACUGGUAUCCUGAUCCUGAUAGCACAGCUAGCCCCCAGCUGGGAUCACUCGUCUUGGCAACCAGCUACAAGGAUGACCAAGUGGCAAAGUCGAGAGCCAGAAACAAUGCGAGAAGAAGGGGAGGUGAAGCAAAGCCACCAGUCAACGCUGAGACCCAAAAAUACAUAGAUGCCCAUUGCAAAGGGGGUCAUCGCACGGGAGGACGUUGCCAGGAAAUAGCCAACAUGGCCUAUGCCGGUGGCAACAUGGACAUCGAAACCUUCGGUGAUCCUGAAGGAGCCCUGGUGUCCGUGAAAGGACAUGGCAAAGAAAAGGAUUUGAUCAGCCUACCUUGCAAGGGGGGGGCAAAUGCACCUGGAUGCGAGGACUAUAUGCAUCCAUCAACUACUGUUAUCACGGGAGGGGAGUAUGCUGGAGGGGUGGGACGCCCUAGUGACUGUGGAGGGGGGUCGCAAUUUGGGAAACGAAGCGGCGAAUCGUGUUCCAUCCGCCCGAAAGCGAAAAUCGCGACCGACGCAGAAAAGAAAAAGCCUAGCUCUGAUUCAACAAGAGCAAAGGGUCAGGCGGUCCAUGCCAAGGACGACAAGAAUUUGUCAUCCAAGAGCAGCAAAGAGAACCCAAAUAAAAGCCCCAACGGCAACAAGAGUACGCCAGAUAAGAACCGAAAGGAUAUCAAAACGAGCUUACCCAAGGCGGGCAAAGCCAAGAAGAAUGCUGGAGCCAAAAACGAUCGCAAGCUCCCAGGGAAGAGCAAUAAGAGCAGCACGAAGAAGGGCAAAAAGGGCACAAACGUGGCCAAGCACAACAACAAAAAGAAACCCUCACUCAAAAGCCAAAAAAGCAAAAGCAUGAAAUUCUCUAACAAGAAAAAGGGCAAUAAAAAGGCCUUAUCUAAAGGGAAAACGAGUAACAAGAACGUCGCCAAGAAGUCAAAGGGAGUUUCUACAGGCAGCAAGAAGAACAAGAAGGCUCCAGCAAAAGGCAAUAGAAAGAGUCUGGCCAAGAGCAAACCGAGCCUCAAGACUAGCAAGGGCAACAAGAAAGCUUCUAAUAAGCAGAAGCCCACAAGAAAAACAAUUUCGAAGUCACCAGCUCCAAAAAGAGGAUCAUCUCUGAAAAAGACAUCCUCAAGGAAGUCGGCAGCCAAACAUUCAGCUUUGCGAAAGGGAACGUCCAACAAGCCAAUUGUCAAGAAGGCGGGGUUGAAGAAUCUAUCAUCAAAGGGAGCAAAAGCUAAUAAGAAGUCAUCUCCCAAGAAGACAUCAUCUCGAAAGAAUGUGUCAUCUAAGAAACAAAGUACGAAGAAGCCUGCAACUAAGCGACCAGGAUCAAAGCAACAGGCAACCGGGAAGGCAACAAAAAAGAAAGCAGCAUCGAAGAAGCCAUCGCCGCUGAAAAAGACACCACCCUCAACAAAAGCAGGAUCAAAGAAAUCAAGCCCCAAGAAGACGGCAUCCAAGAAGCCGACUUCUAAUAAAACACCAUCCAGAAAGAUAACGCCUAAGAAACCGACUUCUAAGAAACUAACAUCUAAGAAGGUAACGCCUAAGAAAACAGCACCCAACAGACCGACUUCAAAGAGACCAACACCCAAGAAGACAACGCCUAAGAAAACAGCAUCCAAGAAGCCGACUUCAAAGAAACCAGCAUCCAAGCGACCGUCAGGAAAGAAGUCAGUGAAGAGUCCAAAAACUCUGAAAAAACCAUCAUCGUCAAAAAAUGCGGCCAAUAAGAAGUCAGUUGCCACAAAGCUGGCGCAAAGACCAGCAACGCUCAAGAAAAACACACCGAAGAAAUCAUCAACUCCUAAAAAGGCGGCAGCUAAGAAGCCAACAUCGCCUACGAGGAAGACUAGCGUAAAAACAACCCAAAAGAAGUCGCCAUCGCCGAAAAAGCCAAGUGUCCAGAAGGCAGCAACGAAGAAGUCAUUGCCAAAGAAAGCGGCACCCCUAAAGAAAGCAACACCCAAGAAAGCAGCACCCAAGAAAGCAGCACCCAAGAAAGCAUCACCUAAGAAAGCAUCACCUAAGAAAGCAUUACCUAAGAAAGCAGUACCUCCAAAGAAGGCAGCACCUCCAAAGAAGGCAGCACCUCCAAAGAAGGCAGCACCUCCAAAGAAGGCAGCACCUCCAAAGAAAAAGGGGAAAUAG